AUGAGUACGCUUCUCACCGAAGAAGACUACGCCCUCCCUGUCAAUUACAUCAGGGUUAUAAUCGAAGUCCCUGAAACAGGCCACGAAUCAGACACAUACAGCGGAAGCCACCCAUCUAUCUACCUCCUCAUCAGCGAUUCAGGAUCAGUCCGCCUGAACAUGUUCAGGGCAAGACCUGACGAUACCAUGGGUACCUAUGCCCUAGAGCGGUGCUUGUACAGAUGUAUCGAUUAUCCCCUCAAGGUCGUCGAUCUGUCAGCGGCGAAGGGGAUAACUGUUGGUGACGUUAUAAGACUUAUUGAGGGUAAGGGACGUGAUAGAUACGAGUUGGCGGAUAGUGGGACGGGGUGUCGGUUUUGGGUGAAGACUCUUAUCGAUGACCUGAAUGCUGCAGGGUACAUCGAUGAAAGUGGAGCUGAAGUUGCACAGGCGCAGAAUAGUUUGUACAAGAACUACCGGAUGGAGGACGAGGACUCUGAGUAUGAGGAGAUGGUUCCUGGGGAGUUCAUUUAG